AUGAUGGAAGUUAAAAAGGCCUUUGUAAAGAGAUUAAUUUUGCCUGAUCAAUCUCGGUUUUUCGAAAAAAACGCAGAAUCGCAAUACUUCCCAAAAUUCCCCACAAAAGCCUUAAAAUCCCGAAAUAGUUCUAUUAUUAAAUCCCCAGAACGUUCAAAAAGCGUCAAGCCAAAGCGUGAAAUCCUAAUUUCAAAAUCUCGAGAUAAAUUAAUCCCAGACUCUUCCUCCAUUCUAGAAUCCAUUAGUGACACAAGCAUCCCUUUAGCCUUCCGGCGCUUCCAUGAAGACAACUCUUUAUCCCUCGGCAAGCCUGACUAUUUCCUCAUAAAGCACCGUGAAGUCCUUCUUUCACUUUUACAAAUCCCAAAAAUAGCAGAAAAUAUCGACAAAAUCCUACUUCAAAAACUGAAGGACUUGACUGUAAUUCCUGACAAAUUGGCAAUUAUGAUAAAAUCGUUAUUAACUGAAAAUCCUCGAAAUUAUACAGAAAAUGUUUUUAAAAUAAUGAAUGAUGAAAUCAAGGAAAACGAGCAAGAAAUCAGCGGACUUAGAGAAAGCCUUGUUAAAGUAAAUAAAGAAAAAAAGGAACUCGCAGAAAUGCUAAUUUCAAUUGAGACCCAGCAAAGUUUAAAUGUAAGCGUAAGGUAGAAAGAUAUAAAUAAAUGCUUGUCACGGAUAAGCUUAUCACCUAGGGCAAGCCCAGGGCAUUCUAAAUCAAAAAGUCCAGGAAAAGCAACGAAGAUGGAGUUUGAGAGGAUCAUUGAAAAUGCAGCAAUGAGCCAAGAUAUAGACAGCGUAAGGAAAAGAUAGGGUCUCAAGCUAAUUUCAGAAGAAAUAAGAAUUGCAAUGCAAGCUGACUCUGUUUUAAUUUUGGAGCCGAAUGCCCAAAAAACGCAAUUUGAAGGGCUGCUGAAUGGAAAACUUAUAAAAAUCCCAUCAAGAGGCACAGCCUUAAACAUGGUUUUUCUAUAUGGGCUCUAUAAAAGCGCCCGAGAAAUUGAUGAAGAUUUCGAUCAAAACUUGCCUGUAAUUGUAGGGAUGAAAAUAAGGGCUUACCAUAUAGGUGCUAUAAAAGAUCAUGAUGGAAUUCCUAUAGCUCUCCUACUAGUGACAAGAAAAAGACCUGAACUUUUAUAUGAAAAAGAGAUCCAAAGCCUCUUAUGCGUCCUUUCUCUAUUUUUAACUAAGUUUUCUGCUAUAAAAGAAACAAAAAGAAAGGAAUCAAUUAUUCGGGCAGUUUUUGAGUCCUUUUACGAGCUGCUCAAAAUGAGCUCAGUUGACGAAUUCGCCAGUGUCAUCGAAAAAUACUUACCCAGGAUUAUGAGCACAAAUCGAGCUAACGUCCUGCUCUGUGACCACAAGCUAAACAAGCUUUACAGGAGAUUUUCUAGUGAGUCUAUUGAAUAUUACCCAAGCCAAAAAGGGCUUGCUGGAUUCUGUGCAAAUUUUAAAAAGGUUCUGGUCUGUAAUAACGUUUCUAACGAGAGCAGAUUUUUGAAACAAAUUGACGACCCUGAUGGAGAGUCAGUUCAAAACAUCCUCACAAUGCCUGUAUACAAAGAAGAGAUGAAAGGUCUGGCUGAUCUUACGCUGCAAGUAAUUGACAAAGAAAAGCAAGAAGACUUCAACGAAAGCGACGUAGAGUUGCUAAAAAACUACGGAAAAGUGAUUUCGAAAGCUGUAGAUGCCAUGAAGACUCAAAGGCAUAUUAUAACGGUCCAGAGCAUGCUGAAAAAUUUAGAAUCCACCAUCAGUGAUUUGGCAGUUGACAGCGAUACAAGAGCGGCUGGGUAUUUCAACAUUCAACAGACCAUUGCGACUUUUAAUAGCAUGUUCAAUAAUAAAUAA